CUGCAAACCACCAGACAGCCAUCAACCUCGGCGAGGCCCAUCUCCAAGUCCAAGUGCCCCCUUUUGUGGCCAGAUUGUCGCCACAUAAAUACCCCGUCUGACUCUUGCUGCGGCCUGUCCCGUUGCCCAUGCCGUCAGCUUUGAGUUCCUCGGUUCUGCAGCAGUGUUUCUGGGGAGGAAGAGUCAGCGCCCUGCUCGCCACUACCGCCGUCUCUUCCAUCACCCGCCGCAACCCACUAGCAGCAGCAGCAGCAACAACAGCAACAACAACACCAAAGGCAGCAACAUCCCCCCUCCCCCACCUCACCUCCAGAAUGUCAUCGUCCUCGACCACCGCCGGCAGCGGCAAGCUAAAGCCGGCGGCGCGGGUGGCGGGCCGGCGCCAGGACGUAUGGAGCAUCAUCAACGAGGCGGCGCUCGCGUCGCCCAUGCAGCCCAUCGUCAACAUGGGCCAGGGCUUCUUCGGCUACAACCCACCGCAGUUCAUCCUGGACGCGGCCAAGGCCGCCCUCGACCGCGUCGAGUGCAACCAGUACAGCCCCACCAAGGGCCGCCCGCGCCUCAAGAAGGCCAUCGCAGACGCCUACUCGCCCUACUGGGGCCGCCCCUUGGAUCCGGAGACCGAGGUCACCAUCACGACGGGCGCGAACGAAGGCAUGCUGAGCGCCUUUAUGGCCUUUAUCGAGCCGGGCGACGAGGUCAUUGUUUUUGAGCCCUUCUUCGACCAGUACAUAAGCAACAUCGAGAUGCCGGGCGGCAAGAUAGUCUACGUGCCCAUGCACCCUCCCGCCGCCGGCGCCACCCAGACGCUCUCGGCGGGAGAGUGGACCGUCAACUUUGACGAGCUGGAGCGGGCCAUCACGCCCAGGACCAAGAUGAUUGUCAUCAACACACCUCACAACCCCGUCGGCAAGGUCUUCACCAGGGCCGAGCUCGAGCGCAUCGCGGCCCUCUGCGUCAAGAACGAGAUCAUCAUCCUCUCGGACGAGGUCUACGACCGCCUCUUCUACACGCCCUUCACCCGCGUCGCCACCCUGUCGCCCGAGGUCGAGCGCCUCACCCUGACGGUCGGGUCCGCGGGCAAGAACUUUUACGCCACCGGCUGGCGCGUUGGCUGGCUGAUGGGCCCGGCCGAGCUGAUACAGCACGUCUCGGCCGCCCACACCCGCAUCUGCUACUCUUCCGUGUCGCCGCUGCAGGAGGCAUGCGCUGUCGGCUUCGAAAAGGCCGAGGCCGAGGGUUUCUGGGACGAGUGCGUCCGGGACAUGCGCGGCCGCAUGGGCCGCUUCAACGAGGUCUGGCGCGAGCUGGGCCUGCCCUACUCGGAGCCCGAGGGCGGCUACUUCGUCAUGGUGAACCUGCACAAGGUCCGGCUGCCAGACGGCUACCCGUUCCCGCCCCACGUGGCCGGCCGCCCGCGCGACUUCAAGCUGGCCUGGUUCCUGAUCCAGGAGCUCGGCGUGGCCGCCAUCCCGCCCACCGAGUUCUACACCGACGAGAACGCUGCCAUCGUCGAGGACUACCUCCGCUUCGCCGUCUGCAAGCCCGACGAUGUGCUGGACCUGGCCAAGGAGCGGCUGCGGGGCUUGAAGAAAUUCAUCCAGGACUAGGAGAGCCAUCGAUAGACAUAUGGGAAA